AUGUACUACCAACGACAGUUAUGCUUACAUUGGUGGUUUUUCUCUCUAAUUAUUACUGUAUUUGCUGAUCGUUACGAUUUUCAAUAUCCAUCAUCAUCGUUAUCAUCAUCAUCAUCGUUAUCAUCAUCAUCAUCUUAUCUGCGAAGGUUGUCUAACAGAGAUGGCUUAACACGUGAACGUGAUGGAAUGCAUCGAAUUAUGAAAAUUUAUCAUUAUGAUAAUUUGACUGAUUGUGAAAGUGCCUGUGAGAUACCGUGUGGUACGACGUACGUAAUCCGAAAUGACGUCGAUGAACGACGACAAUUUAUUUGUAUGCAACGUAAAACACCUGUUGUUUCAGCAUUUAUUAAUAUUAGCACUACGGGCAUUAUUCCAUUUAUUUUAGCUGCUGCACUGGUAUUCCAGAUAUUAUGCGGUUUAUUGAUAAUAACAUGUUGCUGCUGCAUUCGUUGUGGUUGUCGACGAAUGUGUCAUUCCAGAAAUUCGUCAAAUGAUCCGUUGGUGAAUGGUGAAUUCAGGGAGACGCUUGAUUCAAAGGAUAUUGGUUAUUUGAAGAAAGAAGCUGACAGGAAGAUUAUCACUGUGUAA